UGAUAUGCAAAUAAAAUAAAUGAGCUCUCCAAACAUAUCAUCAUUUCAAUUAAUAUUUGGUGAAUAUCAGUGAAUUAGGAAAAUAUUUUAGGUCUUUAAAAAAUAUUUGAUAAAACCCGUUGCAGAAUAAUAUAUUAACUACUUUAGGAAUUGGAAAUAAAUACUUUUUAUAACUACUUUUGGAAUUGCAAGAACCCUAAAUAACAGUAAAAAAAAAAUGGUUAUCAAAGAAACAAUGUCGAUACCAGCGUGGGGUUAUUUUAAUGGACCCAUGUGUUCCGUUUCGGAAAAUACAGAAGGAUCAUCAAUAGAAUCAUUUUCCAAUCCUAACCAUGUUGAAAACAGGCGUAGUCAGUCAAUCGACAAAAAUGACUUUUAUGCAACAACCCCCGUGUUAAAUGAGUUUCAUAGAACAAGUGUUUCUGAAAAUAUGGCUCCUCAAGAAUAUCAAGAUUCACGUUCUCCUAACAGAGAAGAAUCAUCAUUUUUCCCAUCUUCUGCACUAUUUGAUCACAAUAUGCCCCCUAUUUCGCAUCAAUAUAACUGCCAAGCUUUUGAUGCAUUUUUGCCGUCUGGUACAUUGCAUGCUUCAAAUGGUUUUAUGCACUUUCCAUCAGGAAACUCACAAAUGAAAGCAACCUCAGAAAUACGAGGCGAUAUACAACCUCACUUGUUUUUUCCUCAAGCAUCAGCACCACUAAUAAACGCACAAAUUAGUCCGAAUUGUCAACGCCAUAACAUUGGAGAGCCCAUAAAUAUACCGAGCUUAUCUUUUCCUGGUGAAUUCCGGCCAUAUCCUCAAUUAAACGAUAUUUUUACAAAUGUUAAACAGGACUUUUACAUGCAAACUCCACUCUAUUCGGGUUAUCCGAAUUACUGGUAUUUGAGACAAUCGACUAACCAGAUUCUUACAUGCAUGUGGAUAGAUCAAUCACCGUUUAGCAAGUCCAAACCAUGCAACAAGCAGUACUCUGUUAUGCAAGAUAUUGUGCGUCACAUAAAUGAUGAACAUAUCACUAGACUGGAUAAUAACGAGUACGUUUGUUAUUGGCAGAAUUGCAGCCGAAACCUUUUGCCAUUCAAAGCUAAAUACAAGCUUGUUAACCAUAUCCGUGUACACACUGGAGAAAAACCAUUUCCGUGUCCGUUUCCGGGAUGCGGUAAACUUUUUGCUCGCUCUGAAAAUCUCAAAAUUCAUAAAAGAACUCACACCGGCAAAAGAACAGGAGAAAAACCGUUUGUGUGCGAAUAUUCCGGCUGCGAUAGAAGAUUUGCUAACUCUUCUGACAGAAAAAAGCAUAUGCAUGUUCAUACGGAAAAAACGUGUAGCUAUAGAAUUCGUACUAAUAAAAAAGAAACUAACGCAACGCCAAAACGAAUGAAAAUCACAGACGAAUUUUCAACGUCUUCUGGUACUAUUUAUUCCGACCAGUGCAAAUCGCAACAAACGGUGGAUUAUAGCCCUCCGUUAACACCCGUAAGACACAACGAUAAUUCAAUUUUAAUGUCUAAUUACACAUACGAUAGUUUAGUUGAAAAAAUUCAAAACACAGACAACCUUGAAAAGUCUAUUUUAUCAAACAUGAUGGUCAAACAAGAACUAGAAGAACUAAAUUUAAACAUGAUAAGACACUGAUGAAAGUAUUGAUGUCUGAUUCGAUAUAUAAUCUUCUAAGUUA